CGUACAUGGUUUGCCCUCUCUAUUGACCCUACAGUGCCCCCCAAGAAAGUCAAUAAAAAGCAUCAACGAAGAAAUGCUAAGUGCGUGAAGAGAAUAUGGAUGAAGGGAAGAACAGGAAGCACUUCGUUCUCGUGCAUGGUGCUUGUCAUGGAGCAUGGUGUUGGUAUAAAGUGGCCACGCUACUAAGAUCCGCAGGCAACCAGGUCACCAUCAUGGAUCUUACGGCUUCGGGCAUCAAUCCGAAGAAGUUUGAGGAUGAGGUCUUCACGUUUUUAGACUAUUCUCAGCCGUUGUUGGACAUCAUGGCCUCUCUCCCUCCAGAAGAGAGGGUGAUCCUGGUGGGCCACAGCCUUGGAGGUAUGAACCUGGCUGUAGCCAUGGAUAGGUACCCAGAGAAGGUGUCGGUCGCCAUCUUCGUGACGGCGCUUAUGCCAGAUUCUUCCAAUCGACCCUCUUAUGUCAUGGAUAAGCUCUUGGAGACGACCUCUGUGGACUUCUUCCUGGACACUCAAUUCGACUCUGACCGAGGGCCCGGAAAGCCCUCAACCGCACUCUUCGGCCCCAAGUUCAUCUCGCAAAAGCUCUAUCAACUCUCCCCUCCAGAGGACAUCACUUUGGCAACUACACUAGUAAGGGUCGGAUCGUUGUUUCGUGAAGAUCUGUCAAAUGCACCGAUCUUUUCAGAGGAGAGAUAUGGGUCAGUUAGCCGAGUUUUCAUCAUAUGCGAUGAAGAUGAAACGGUUCCCAAAGAUUUCCAGCACUGGAUGAUUGAGAAUAACCCAGUGAAAAAAGUGAAAGUGAUCAAUGGUUCUGAUCACAUGGCCAUGAUCUGCAAACCGCAGGAGCUAUGCCACUAUUUACUAGAGAUAGCAGAGACGCAAACUUGAUCCCUCAAACACUCCCGAGAAAUUGACUGAGGUGUUUGGACAUUGAAUGCUUGAUGAAAUCUAAUAUUUUCUUUAUUAUUUCCUUUGCUAGCCAAACAGAGUAUGAAAUGUUCUAAAUAAGGGAAAACAAUGCAUUUUACUUUCUUUACAUGACUUUUCCCACGGCUUUAACUCAAGAUUUCUAGUUAUUUGUUAUCGAUAAGCUUGAACUUUUUCCUGA